GGCGCCCUGCGUUGAAACUUUUUUUAAAAAUCUUUAUCUGCACGUCUCGUGUCACAGACACAGAAAACAUAAAUUACCUGUGACAGACUAGGAUCGUCAGUAGGUGUUCGUUACAGGUUUGACAACUGCUCAUUCAUCUUCGUGUUGUCCGACUGACCGAGGUUGUAAAUACUUCGCUAGACAGUAAUGGCAACGCGCUGUUGAGCGAAUCAAUCUACUUUUUCAACACUGGUCACUGCAAGUCAACCAUGCGAAGCCUUUAAAGCAGGGCGACGUGUGGGAUGUGUGGCACGGCAGGGUCUGCUUUUGGCAAGACUGCUAGGAGAAGGUUGUGAUAAACCUCGACAGGAAUUGGCCGUGAGGCGCAUCUAAAGUGGGCCAGUGCAGGUAAAACAUACCUACCCGGACUCGGCAAGAUGAAGGAGCAUCAGACAGGAUCACCUUCUGAGCCUCCACCCUCCACUAACCACCUUCCCCCCGUUGCGCGCAGCAACCAGUCUCGACAUCAGCGCCCCGGUGCCAAGCAGUGGACGGUAGAGGACGAAGGGUGUCGAGAACCCCUCCCUGCAAGAGGAAGUGACGUCAACCUCCUGACCAACAGUUUGACUUCAUGGCUUCGCCGAAGUGCUUUGCGAAAGGCAGCGGCUUCUGGAGAACAAUUCUUGCCGGGGGGAUCUGCCCAUAAGCUACGGGCGAAACAAGAAGUUUCGGAGAUGACCUACGGAAGAACAUUCGCGAAAAUGCUGCCAAAGCGAGAGGCUCAGGUGGAGGCCGUGCGCUCCAUCCUGAAAAAGAGCUCUGCCAAAAACGCUGCACGCGUUGACCUCUCCGCAGGCUGCUCCCCUCAUCACGAGAGUCUUCAUCACGAAGACGAUAGCCUCCAUCGAAACGUGUCAGCUGAUCGAUUCACGCAGAUGCACGAGGAACCCAAACUUGUAGAAAAACAUUACGAAUCUCAGGAACAAAAGAGUAGUUCUGGACUGCCGAUGAGUUCUGGAGGUGAUGAGGCAAGUUCGAAUCUCUUGAGAAACGACGCUUCAUUGACGUCCGAACGACAGUUGAAAUUCGUUAAACGAGCGGGAAUCUUUCAGCUCGAGGAUAGGUACGCUUCCGGAAGACAAGACUUACACGGUGACGACCCACCUUUCGCGAAACACACGGUAAUCGACUUUGAAACGAUCCCCAUACAGAAGGCAAGACGCCCGCUAGACAAGCCCCCAGGCACAUCUCUUUCCGACAAAACUAAAAGGUCUCAGAGCAGGAAAGGGCUCAAGGUUUCGUGGAAGAAUCCUGACAUGGCCGUCACCAAUGAGAACGCGGACGUCAAAAUUGAGACAAACGGACAAGGUGAGAACGGCUCUUCUCUAGGGUCAACGAGCGCAAAGUCUGAGGCCACCGUUACUUGGCAACAGCCAAUGUUCAGUGCCGACAGGAGCCAGGUUCCAGUGCUCGGCGUGACGUGGAAGGUGGCCGUGCCUCUGGGGCGGGCCGGUUCCCGGGCCUUCCGAUCCCCGGGGGUGGGGAUUGCGGGAGGGAGCGCGCGACCUGCCCGCGAGAUAACGGAAAGCAGUCCUGCCUCCGCCCUGUCUCUUCCGCUGUCAUCCCCGCUGCUCAAAGAAAACACCGUCAUCCCCAGCCACGGCUUCCUCGUCGACCGCCAGCACGUGUGGCGGAAGAUGUAUCACCGAGACUUACAUCCGGUGACGACGGCUAUGGAGCGCGAGGGCACCUCCGUGUCCAAGACGAAGUGGCACGUGCCCAGCUCGCAUGUGCAGGACUGGCAGCGUCCUCUGGCGCCACUCUUCCUCCGACCGGUGAAUGCUGACCCCAGCAGCAACUCCAAUCCCAGCAUGAAUGUUCAAUUUUCCAACAACUUUCGCGAGGUCAGCGAGGCUGCAAGUGCGCUCACCGACCGCGUGCCUAUGUUAUUCUGACCUGGCAACGUCUGUAACUGUGAAAUAAGAGUUGUCUCCAUCAAGUACGUGUUGUGCAGCUGGCACGUCUUGUGACUGGAACCUUCAUCCGGUCACGACCCCACUGCCCUGUGUCAUAAAACUUUAUUCAUCGAUAGAUGCAAUCAAACUGAUAGCUGAAGGGUUUGGAACAGAGACUGUUACAAUGUCCCAGCGUCUGCGCACCGAGUCCCUCCUGUAGACGACGUUCACAGAACCUCUGACCUUCUUCUAAGACCGCCCCGCUGUUCAUGCUCAGCUCUCUUUGCAAGGCCGUCUACUUUACAUCUGUGCCCUCUAAAAGCCUGCACACAAGGCCCUUAUAAUUAUUUACUUAAGGUUACUUUGGAUGUGGACGCGUGGUCAUUUUAUUGUUGUUGUUGCUUUUUAAGUCUAGACUUUGUGUGCGAUUACCAUGUUUCACUUAAGUUACCACACGACAGACGUUUCUGUUUGUAUGGUGCAAGCUUACCGAGACCAAGAAGUAUACUGUAACCGAGACAUCAGGAAACACCAUCUUGGCAGAUGGCACUGACGAGAUCAUUCUACAGAGGCCAUUGUGGUGAUCGUUAGUUUGAUCUCUUCCGACCUUAGGCAGAAGGGAAUGGCAUACUUAAAAGACCAAGCAUAAACACAUUUGAUUGUGAAUCACAUUUCGGACCAUCUUAUCUAUGAUCGAGGGUGAGCAGCCUUCUUUGCAAUGUGCUUGUUGGGUGAUGGGUAUGCUUUGCAAUAACCAGAGAGGUACAUACGAGAGGUAUAUAUGCCCCGUGGUCAAACUGCGCUGAGCUUCUGCAAUGCUUCACUCAUGAACGAAUGCAAUAAAUUUUAUUUUUAUUAUAAUAUUAAACUGUUUAUUUUAGACGAGUCGGAGUCUUCCGUCCAACGGCCGGUUGUUGGUCUUUCUCCACAUCGGCCACCUUGCAAAAGGAGAUUAUAAUCAGUGGGGCAGGUGACGGACCAUGAUCUUCUUGAAUGUGUGCCAUCGUUAUUAAUUUAAUGAUCGCUACCUUGAUAUUAAACAGGGCGACUGCAUCGUGUAUUUUUAUAUUUACUAUUUACUAAGUUCCGGGAAUGUUUCUUACAAGCCAAAAUGUAGCUUCGUUUUGUGUGUGACAAAGUUAUUUUGGGUUUCUUCCCUACAAUUGUCAUAAAUCUGGUGAGCAACACGCUAUUGAUCAUUAAGAUAUAUAUAUAUAAGUGGUUGAGCGUGAAAAGAUGUCUUCUAGAUAUUUAACAAUAAAGGACAACGGAUGCCCAGA